AUGGCUACAUACGACAGCGACUCGGACUUUGACGACGAGAACUUUACCGAGACCAAUGUCUUGCUCGGCUAUGCGACAAAGGAUGUAGCCGACGACACAACCAGCCAGUUGGGCGGCCACCCAACAUGGCUAGACGAAAAGACAGCACCACCAGGCGACCUGGCCAAAUGCAAGAACUGCAACAAUCUCCUGACUCUGCUAUUGCAACUCAACGGCGACCUGCCCGACCGCUUCCCCGGCCACGAACGACGACUCUACCUAUGGGCAUGCAAGAGAAAGGCCUGCAGAAGGAAAGCUGGCAGCGUAAGGGCUUUCAGAGCCAUUCGCGCCUCUGCCAUCCAUGCCGAGUCCGAGAAGCCCAAACAACCCAAGCAAGAGGAAACACAACGAGAAACACCAGCCCCCGCUGCGCCAAAGACCAAUCUAGGCGAAUCUCUCUUCGGCGUCAAACCGCCUACCGCUUCCUCCGCUGCCAUCAAUCCAUUCGCCACAGGCGGCGCAUCAUCACGCCCUGCAAACCCCUUCUCUUCAUCUCCAGCUCCAGCUCCCACACCAGCACCCACACAACCCACCCCAUCUCUCUCCGAGACCUUCGCCUCAAAAGCCCGCAUCUCAAGUCCAGAGCCCACUCUCGCCUCUGCACCCACCGGCCCUCGCGAGCCAUGGCCCCAACAAUCCUCUUUCCCCGCCCCCUACCCUUCCUACUACCUCGACGCCGACUACGAAACCCUUAAUGCCGAGAAACCAGAAAUCCCCGCCCAGACACGCGUAGACAUGGACAUUGACGCCGGCGAAGGCGCCUCUGGCGGUGCAGACAUGGAUGUAAAAGACGCCUUUGAAUCAUCAAUGGACAAAGCUUUCCAACGCUUUGCAGACCGCAUGUCCCAGAACCCCGAGCAAAUCCUGCGCUACGAGUUCGCCGGGUCUCCUCUGCUGUACAGCAAGACUGACGCCGUGGGAAAGCUUUUGGCGCCGCAUCAAGAUUCUGGAGCGAAUGCGAAUGCUAAAGUCAAGACUGUUGCUGCGGCUGCCAAGUCGGGUAUGCCCAAGUGCACAAACUGUGGCGGAGACAGACUGUUUGAGUUGCAGCUGACGCCUUAUGCUAUUGUGGAGCUUGAGGCUGAGGAGUUGGGCUUGGAGGGCAUGGAGUGGGGUACCAUCAUCCUAGGUGUGUGCUCCAAGGAUUGCGUGCAGCGUGGUCAGAAGGAAGGAGAGGUUGGCUAUGUUGAGGAGUGGGUUGGUGUUCAAUGGGAGGAAUUGAGCAGCAAGAAGUAA